AUGUCAAAUUCCAAACAUGCGCCAGAAAGAGAAACACCGGAAAAAUAUAUCGAUUACUGUUUACAAUUUAAUCGAUGGUUUCUGAAACCAAUCGGUGCGUGGCCACAAAUAAAUGCACCGAGUUCGGUGUGCAAAAUCAUGAUAUUACUACAAAUUUUCAUUUGUUCAAGCAUAAUAGCAGUCCCAACGAUACCGUGUUUAUUAUAUGUGCUAUUUGAGGCAGAGAAUAUCCAGCAAAAACUAAAUACCAUGCUGCCACUGAUCAAUAGAUUUAUGAGCUCGAUGCAUUACUGGGUGUUGCUCAAACGUAGAAAUGACAUUCACAAAUUGAUACGACAUAUGGAAAUAGAUUGGAAUCUCGUGCAAAGGAUCGACGAACGUGAAGUGAUGCUGCAACAUGCCAAGUUUGGCCGUUUCGUUACUAUAAUCUGUGGGAUAAUGAUGCAGGGUGCUUGCCUAUUGUUCGCCUUAUUGCAAUCGAUGAAAACUGUUACCAUCAUUAUCGGCAACGAGACUUUUACAACGCAUCCACUGACGUGUCCGACUUAUAGCAAAAUCAUCGAUACGAGAUUUACCCCUCUAAAUAAAUUCGCGUUAGUUCUGCAACAGCUGGUAAUAUUAGUGAUAAGUACCUGUACUGUCGGAGGUUGCAGUCUGGCUGCUGCCUUCGCGAUACAUGCUUGUGGUCAGUUAAACGUGCUGUACGCGUGGCUACAUGAAUUAGUUGAAAAUCGAACGGAGAAAAAUUAUAAAGCUGAACAAAAACUGACUGCUAUCGUAAAACAUCACCUAAGAAUAUUGAGUUUUAUAUCACAAGUGGAAAGCAUUAUGCAUAAAGCCGCUCUUGUGGAAUUAAUGGGGUGCACGAUAAUCAUGUCCUUACUUGGAUAUUAUACUAUUAUGAUUUGGGAAGCACUUAAUAUGGCAAAAAUAACAUCUUACUUUUUUCAUUAUUUAUCAAUGGCUUUCAAUAUUUUUAUAUUCUGCUACAUCGGAGAAAUUGUCACAGAACAGUGCAAACUUGUCGGAGAAAUAGCAUAUAUGACUGAUUGGUAUAAUCUACAUCACACAACUGCACGUGGUCUCAUUCUGAUUAUUGCCCGAUCGAAUAACGUAGUUAAGAUCACAGCGGGAAAAUUAUUCCAUUUAUCCAUCGCUACUUUUGGUAAUGUAAUUAAAACAUCGGUCGUAUAUUGCAAUUUUUUGCGAACAAUGACUACGUAA